UGUAAAUAUCAAAAUAUGGCGUCGGACGACGAAGAUAUUCCUGAAACUGGAGCCAUCUUCACCUUCGGCAAAACCAAAUUCGCGGAAAAUUUAGCGAAUAAGUUUUGGAUUCGAGAUGAUAAAAUUUUACAGGUUGCCUGUGGUGAUGAACAUUCUGCUGUUAUAACAAGCAAAGGUAGACUGUUCACAUUUGGCAGCAACAACUGGGGUCAGUUGGGACACGGCAAUAACAAACCUUACACAAGACCUACUACAGUUAAAAAAUUUAAAGGAGAUGUAGUCAAAUCAGUUGCUUGUGGUAGAAGUCAUACAUUGGUUGUAUCAGAAGCUGGAGUAUUUAGUUUUGGUGAUGGUGCUGAUGGUCAACUUGGUCACGGCGAAUGUGAGAGCUGUAAUCUUCCUACUCAAAUUCAAGAUUUCAAUGAUAAAUUAGUCACGCAGAUCUCCUGUGGAGCUGAACAUUCUGCUGCAGUAACUGAUAAUGGUGAAUUAUAUGUGUGGGGAUCUGGCAGUGAGGGACAAUUGGGGAUUGGUGUGGAUGAAUGUGAACGACCAGUGCUGUUGAAAUUUAUCAAAAUUCAAGUAGUCUCUUGUGGAUAUUACCACACAGCGUUUGUUACAGUCGAUGGUAGAUUGUUUACAUUUGGCGACAAUGAUCAUGGAAAACUCGGUUUAGAAGCUGAUCAAUGUCAUAGUACAGUAGAACCACAACAUGUAAAGACAGUAACUAAGGCAGUAGUUUGUGUUUCUUGUGGAGCAAAUCAUACCGCUGUCAUAAAUGAUUGCGGUGCUCUCUUAACAUUCGGUUCUGGAAAAUACGGUCAGUUAGGUCACGGUCCUUUCUACGAUGAUGUUGUGUUACCAAAGCAGGUUACAACGUCAAGGAGAAUUUUUACUUUCGUUACUUGUGGUGCAGAUCAUACGGCAGUGUUGACAAAAAAUGGCAAAUUGUUUACGUUUGGUGACGGGCGGCAUGGUAAACUAGCAAUGGGCGAUGAUUGUUUCUCAAAUUUGUUUGAACCAGCUCGAGUUUCGAGACUUAAAGAUUUUUAUGUCGAGCAAGCGUCUUGUGGAGGUUGUCAUAUGUUGGCUGUUGCUGUUAGGAAUAGGGAUAACGUUGGAGAUGGUCAGGAUAUUAGUAUAACACAGGAGGAUAACUAUGGUGAAGAUGUACCUGAUGGUCCUAGAUUAUCCCACACCAUCCCUGCUCAUGGAAUGUCACCUCGUGAUAAGAGAAGGAUGAAGGAAUUGGAGCACGACACGACGAAUAUAAAAAGUUCCUUACCUCCUCUUCAUCGAUCUCUUCCACCACUUGGGGCAACCAUCGGUAUUACUUCAAAGAAAAAUCAAGAUCUACUCGACAAUAAUAAUGAAAAAACAAUCACUUCACUCGAUAAGUCAACGCUGCCAGUUAUUACAAAUAAAAGAGAUCAUGAUGACAUAACGAAACAACACCGUCCAUUGCCGAGACCUAGACGACCGCCGAGAAAGAAUGGGACCGAGAGUGAUGACGAGGUUAAACAUGAUAAGCCAAUAGCGAGUGAGCUAUCACCACGGCCGAAGCCAACACCUCGUAAACGUAGAACUGUAAAGGAAGAUAAAAGAAAUGAAGAAAUGACUAGAAAUAACGAUGGCCGUAAAGGCGAUGAUGAUGAAGAAGAAUCAGUUGAUGAAAGUGAUGAUUCCCAAAGGAUAAAUGGUGAUAGAAACGAUGCCCAAAGGAUCAGUGGUGAUAGAAAUGAUGAUGAUGAUGAUAAAAGUGGUGACGAUGAACUUGCUAAGAAUGGAUUGAAAAUUGUUAAAGUAAAGGAUGAUGCAAGUGGUGUACAUGAGGAUGGAAAUAUGGUUACUGAGAUUCGAAAAGGUCUUUUGGGGAUUACUGGGGAUGAAACGGGGAUUAACAAUAAUAGAAAAGAAGGAAGUGAAUCUGAAUAUGACGAGAGUGAAGAAGACGAAAGCAAAGAUGGAUCAGGAGAACAGGAUGACAAUGACCAAGAAACGAGGCCCGUAAAAUCUAAAGAUGAAGUUAGUUAUGAAGUGAAAGAAAAAAUUGUUGAAAAAAAUGGCAAUAAUAAAAAAUUGGAUAAACAGAAUGGGGAUGUUGACGAAGAAAAUGAACAAAAUUAAAAAAUAAACAAAGAAAAAGAUCCAAAGAAAGAAGAUUUAACUAAACAAGAGAAUAUUGCCGAGGCUUCUAAGAAAGAUGAAGAUAACAAGGAAAAUAUAAACAAAGAUGACAGCAAUAACAAUGAAGAUGAUAUGAAGAAAGUCACGGAAGGUAAAAACCAGAAAGUGAACACAAAGACAAAAAAAUCUGGUGUUUGUAGCGUUUUAUAAGAUAUAUUAACGUCCCAUACAAUGGUUUCUUACCUUCGAAUCACAACAACCAUUAUUUGUUUUCUGUUGUGUUUUACUUUCACGACAUUCAUCCCCGUGGAGAAGUUGUUUGUAGAGAUGGAAAUCUUACCCAGGGUAUUUAUGUCAAGGUCAUUCAUCAUUUGUAACAUUUUUAUAACUUGUUUGUGCUUAAAACAAGACGAUGAAGAAAACAUAUCAACAAAUUCAAAUAAAUAUAAUAUUAUAUUCACGUCUCAUAUACAUCCAAGGAUUUUCAUUUCGUAAUAAUCUUUUCCUUAUGAUAAAGUAUUGCUGUGAUCUUAAAGGAAACAUUAUAUUCGAUACAAAAAUCAA